AUGCCGUCUCUUAAACAGCUCACCUGCUCCAUCGAGCUAGGCAGCACACACACCAAAGUCCCAGAAUACGGUAAAGACUACGGCGAUGGUCACGUCACCAGCUACAUUGCCGUCCCCAGCGAGGAAGUGAACUUUAGCGUUCACCUCACUUCUCAUGGUUACAUUGCACCUGGCCUUGCCAUGUUUGUUUACAUGGAUGGCCAGUAUCAAUGCAAUCGCAACAGACGUGGUCUCAUAGUUCCAGGCAAAGGUGUUAAGAGUGAUCAGACCGAGGUUGAUUUGCGCGUCAGACAGAAGGAGACGAAGCAACCUGAUGGCAGUUUCUUAGGCAGGGAUUGGACCUUCCAUGGCUUGAACUUGGUGUCUGCUGACAAGGUCGAGGAGACCGACGAUGUGUUUCUCGAGAACUUGGGCACUAUUGAGGUCAUUGUCUUGCGCUGCAAAGAUGCUCCACCUCCCCCACCCAGUGAGCCUGUGAGUAGACAAAGUUCCUCCAGAGCCACAGUCGAGAGUUCUUCACGUUCUGUCAGCAAGUCGACACCCAAGCAGUCCGUACACCAAGAACAGAAGGAGCCAUCCAAACCCUCAUCAUCUAGCCACAAACAGAAAGAACCAUCCGCGAAGGCCAAAGCACCUUCCAAACCUGCGUCUGCCAAACCUGCAUCCGCAAAACCUGCAUCCGUCAAAUCCGCAACUGCAAAAGAAAGCUCCUUCGGUGGCCUGUUCGGUCUCUUCGAUGGCGCCUCUGAUGAACCAGACCAUGAUGGCAUAAACCCCAAGUCCUACUGGAACGACUGGAACAAACGUCCUGUCAUGUCCUCGUACCGCCCAGCCAGAGCCCUCUACAUUGCUCCUGAAGAAUCCAUGCCUUUGGUGCCCAAGCAAGCUGCUCGUGCCAAACAUGUUGAGCAUCAAGUCAAGACAGGCAAAGGAGCACCCUAUCUGCAUUUGUGUGCUCGCCCUGAGUACUUGGAUAGUAUGCAGCAGCCAUAUGCUGUGUUUACAUUCAAGUACCGCAGCAAAAAGGUCAUUGAGAAGAAGUUCAAGAUCGAGAUCAAGGAAGAAGGAAAAGCUCUCAAGGCAAAGUUGGCGGAUAUGUCAAAGGAUGAGUUGGCUGAUGAGUUGUUCAGACUGCGCAUGGCAAGGGAGAACAGUACCAAGAACAAAGCAGCCAGCGUCGCCAAAGCCUCUGCUAAACAAGAGACCAAGAACGAACUCCCCACCCAAAGCAAUGCUCAUGAAAUGCCUACCACAGGCAAAACACCCUCACCAGCGAAGUCAAAACGCUCAAAGCCAGCUUCCGCACCUGCUGCUGCCUGGGAUACUACUUGGGAUACCCCAGCUCCUGCUGAAGCGACUAAGCCUGCCUCCAAGGUCCCUUCAAAGCCUGCCUCCAAGACUCCCUCGCAAAAGGCUAAAGAGGCACCUGGGUCCUACCCUGAGUCAACCCACAAGACUCCUACCACCAAGGAGCCCUCCAACCAUCCCUCGGCCAACAAUGCCGAAAAGAGCGCAUCCAAGAAGUCAGGCUCGAAGAAAUCGAACAAGGAUGCAGAUGCUGCUGCUGCUGGAAAUGCCGAUUGGAACACACCAGCUGCCGGUGCAGAUGGAGACUGGGGACAACAGGCGCAAGACGCCACCGCCUGGGAUACUCCUGCUGCGGGCAAUGACGCUUGGGGAGCAGGAGCACAAGCUUCUGGCAGUGUGCAAUGGGGACCUCUACGCAUCGCUAUCACAAUCGUCGGUAUUUUUGCUGCCAUUGCAAUCUCUAUUGCUGCAUACUAUUGGAUCAAGGGCUACGUGCUCAAGGCCAUCGCUUUGUUCAUCUUGCUCAGAACCUGGAUCGUGGCUCCUUUCGCUUGGGCUAAGAGGCUUUGGUUCAGCCUGACAGAUCUAAGCUGGGUAAUUGCUCCUUUUGCUUGGUUGUAUGCUUUCGUCAAGAAGGGUUUGAUGGCAGUCAUAGGACUGGUUUCGAAGUCAAAAGUCGUCAAGCCGAAGUUUAUGGAGCUGGAUGCUUGGACGGAGUGGUUGAAGAGACCUGAGUGGCUCAAAUGGCGUGGAGGCGCGUUGAGAGUUCCAGAGGUCGUCGACAAUGGCUUCGAGGUCUUUAUGCCUGACGGCAUACAGGCUAUUGAAGAUGUCAUCGAGGAGCUUUGA